CUCCCUCGAUCCCCCUGUAUAUAUAGAAUUUAGCUCCAUUGAAGGGAACUCACACUUCCAUAUCGGUCUAUCUCAGAUUUUAUCACUCGAAGUCUCGAACUACGUUCAUCUAGUAGCUUCACCACCAAAACCAUCAUUUAGGAAUCUGCAAAGAGAGAAAAUGGCGAUGUCUUACGAGCAAGAGCACCCUAAGAAGGCAUUUGGAUGGGCUGCAAUAGAUUCAUCUGGUGUUCUCUCUCCUUUCGGUUUCUCCAGAAGGGCAACUGGAGAGAAAGACGUGACGUUCAAAGUGUUGUACUGUGGGGUUUGCCAUUCGGACCUUCACAUGGUCAAGAACGAAUGGGGCUUCUCUACUUAUCCACUAGUUCCCGGGCAUGAGAUUGUUGGGGAAGUGACGGAAGUAGGCAGCAGCGUACAAAAAUUCAAAGUUGGAGACAAAGUCGGUGUUGGAUGCAUGGUGGGAUCUUGCCGAUCUUGUGAUAGUUGUACCGACCACCUUGAAAACUACUGCGCCAAACAUAUACAAACCUACGGUUCCAAGUACUAUGACGGAACCACCACCUACGGCGGUUACUCCGACAUCAUGGUGGCCGAUGAGCACUUUGUAGUCCGCAUCCCGGACAACCUACCUCCUGAUGGUGCUGCUCCACUCCUAUGUGCCGGGAUUACAACCUACAGCCCUUUGAGAUAUUUUGGACUUGACAAGCCCGGCAUGCAUGUUGGUGUGGUUGGCCUUGGCGGUUUAGGCCAUGUCGCGGUGAAGUUUGCCAAGGCUAUGGGAGUGAAGGUCACAGUGAUCAGUACGUCCCCUAAGAAAGAGGAGGAAGCUAUUAAACACCUAGGAGCGGACUCCUUUUUGGUUAGUCGUGACCAAGAGCAAAUGCAGGCUGCCAUUGCAACCAUGGAUGGGAUCAUUGACACAGUUUCUGCACACCAUCCUCUUCAGCCUUUGAUUGCUCUGUUGAAGUCUCAUGGAAAGCUAGUUAUGGUUGGUGCACCGGAGAAGCCUCUUGAGCUUCCUGUUUUUUCUUUGCUCAUGGGAAGGAAGAUGGUAGCUGGUAGCGGCAUUGGAGGUAUGAAGGAAACACAAGAGAUGAUUGAUUUUGCAGCCAAGCACAACAUAACGGCAGACAUUGAAGUUAUCCCGAUCGACUACUUGAACACUGCCAUGGAGCGCCUAGCCAAAUCAGAUGUCAGAUACCGUUUUGUCAUUGACACUGGAAACACGCUGAAGGCUAGCUCUUAGUUUUUCAACCCAGACUGGAUCGACCAAGAAAUAAGAAUUGAAGUUAAGACCGAUUCAAUAAGCAUUUGUUGCUGUUCGCUACAUUCAAUUAUUUGCUUCUUUUCUUUCUUAUCCUCAUCACGCAAAGUGAUUAAGCAGAAUGUAAUUUGAUUAUUUUAAAUAGAUGGUUACACGAAUAAUCUCACAUUCUU